UAUAUGAAUGCUUUAUAUUUUUUAUGAAAUGACCUAGAGCAGUUGUUCCCAAACUUUUAUUGUCCCGUAUCCCUUCAAACAUUUCUAGUCAAAUCCAAUUGUAUUGGUCACGUACACAUGGUUAGCAUAUGUUAAUGCGAGUGUAGCGAAAUGCUUGUGAAACGUUCAACCUCCAGCUGCACUGACCCUGGUGCUACUCUCAAAAGUGUUUUUUUUUUGCCAUCAUUGUAAGCCUGCCACACUCACGGUACAUAUUUUUUAAAUAUAUUUGUUAAGGGGUGGAUCAGCUUUAAUAUUGCGGAUAGAUUGUUGCUUCCAUCAAUGUAAUUGUCUGCAUCAUUUCCAAUCCCCCAUAUAUUUGACAUGCUCCUGGUCAUUAUGAAACUUUCAUCGUCUACCAAUGGCAUGUCCAACUUAUUGUGAGAAAUUACACUGGUCUCUCAAAAUAGUGAUUAAUCAUUUCAAAAGUAUAAAUAGCUCUCACUUUGUAUUAGGGACUGCAAACAUAUUUGAUUAGUACUAAUGAUUAGUAAAUGGUUUAAAUAUACAAAAUCCAAUGACUCAUUAAUACAUCAUUUAAAAGUUAUUUAUAAAUGUGAGAAUACCUAGCUUACUAACAUUUAACAAAUGUGGGAGUAAUGAUUAAUAAAUGGUGAUAAAACUGUAAAGGCCUGUAAAUGCUUUAUUACUGAAUGUUAUUAUAAAGUGCUUGGCUGAAGCCUGAUUCACACAAUCACACUGUUUACUGUUACAGUACAGUAUUUAGACUUGUAUUGUAGGUGGUCCUUGUGCCCAGGGUCUGGGGGCUACCGCUGAAGCUGUUUUUUAAAAACUUUAUUUAACUAGGCAAGUCAGUUAAGAAAAAAAGUGUAUUUUCAAUGACGGCCUAUGAACAGUGGGAUAACUGCCUGUUCAGGGGCAGAACGACAGAUUUGUACCUUGUCAGCUCGGGGAUUUGACUUAGGUUACUGGUCCAACUAGUCUAACGCUGUGUGUGUGUGUGUGUGUGUGUGUGUGUGUGUGUGUGUGUGUGUGUGUGUGUGUGUGUGUGCGUGCAGAGAGACUCCGGAGAGGGGAGUUUCUGUCAGUAACUCAGGGAUAAAUAGAGAGGCAGAGCUCAGAGUUUGUCAGAAGACGGACCUGACAGAGUCACACACAGGACCAAGCAGGAGCAGGACCUCAGUCAGCAUUUUACCCUUUAUAACAAAUGGAGAAACAUGAAGAUGUUCAAUACUGUUUUCAAGAAAGAAACUCUUCUUGCAGAAAGGCUUUGCUAUCGACAUCUAUCUACAUAACACUGUACAUCUUCUUCUCGUUGAUUUCAGCAGUUACAGUAUUUUUGAACCUACUGGUGAUCAUCUCCAUCUCUCACUUCAAGCAGCUCCACACUCCAACCAACCUGCUCAUCCUCUCUCUGGCUGUGGCAGAUCUCCUGGUGGGACUGAUUGUGAUACCAGUAACGACUGUAGCAAUAAUGGAAUCAUGCUGGGGUUUUGGAGAAUAUUUCUGUGUGUUUCAUUUAUAUAUGGCUUUUUUAUGUACUUCUUUAUCUCUGGGCAAUUUGGUCUUGAUAUCUAUUGACCGCUAUGUUGCUGUGUGUGAUCCAUUAUCGUACCACUCUAAAACAACAAUAACAAGAAUGACAUGCUGUAUAUCCAUUACCUGGUGUUGUUGUAUCAUAUACCGUGCUGCUAUUGUAAAAAGCUUUGUAAAUAUACAGGUACCCAGUAGGUGUUUGGAUGAAUGUUUUAUUGUUGAAGGAAUAACCUGGGCUAAUAUCGUUGAAAUUUUAAUUACAAUGGUUGUCCCGUGUUCUAUUAUUAUAACACUUUAUUUGAAAAUCUUUGUGGUGGCCAGAUCACAGGCCAGAAAGGUGUUUUCAAAAGAGGCUGCCAGUGUGUCUGCUGUUAAAACUGUACAGGCAAAUAAGUCUGAGAGGAAAGCAGCAAAAACUCUUUCUAUUGUUGUUGUCAACUAUUUCAUUUGUUGGAUUCCAUCUCUAUUUGUUUUCUUUUUUUUCUUUUUUUUAAGUGACAAUUUAUCACUUUUCAUCCGUUUUCUUCCACUUGUUAAUUCCUUAAUUAAUCCAAUAAUUUAUGCUUUCUUUUAUCCAUGGUUCAAAGUGACAGCUAAACAUAUUAUAACUCUGAAGGUAUGGCAUUCAUAGUACUAUGUUUUUAUUCCUAAAUUUGACAAGCAUAGGAUUGAUAUAGUUAUGUUAUAGAAUUGUUGUAAUUUCUUCUUUCAUGUAACAUUACACUGACACUACUUAUCUCAGUGUUGUCAUCAUAAUUACAUGUGGAGUUGAUACAAAAUCAUUUGUCUGGAUUGGAUUGGAAUGACUUGGAGAAGGUAUAAGCUUGUUUAAUAAAAUACAUUGUAGUAAUAUUUGGGUUGUAUUUUGCAAAUAUCAAAGCCUGUUGAUGUCCCAUGGUAUUUAAUGUUGACCACAGGAAGAUGAGCUGAUGCUUUUGCAGUGGAUAAUGGGGAUCCUAAUAAAUAUCAAAAUUAUAAAUAGUAUGUAAGUAUUCUAAAAGAUAAUUUCAAGAAUGCCAUGAGUCAUUCUAUGUAUUGUCUAACAUCUCCCUCUAGUGGUGUAAUUUGGACACAAUGCCUGCAACAAGCGCUGUAAAGUUGAAAGGUACAAUACUGCAAGAUAUCAGAUAACGUCCAGGUCUAACUAAAGUGUAAGUACUUGAUUUUAAAAUGUAAGAAUAUGCAAUUAUUGGUAACACUUUAUAAUGACAUUCAACUAUAAACCAUUUGUAAGACAUUUACAUUUUGUUCACUAUUUAUUAUUAGUUCCACAUUUGCUAAAU